AUGGAACCGCAACUGCUUCAACGCGUCGUCGCCGCCAUUAUCGUUACCGUCUUACUCUUCUCCGUAACCCUUCUAGCAGAUUCAUGCAGCGGCGCUCUCGCCGGAAUCCUAUCCCGGCGGUUAACGGAACAAAUCAACAAAACGCUCCAUUCUCAGCAUCGCAAGCUUCUUCGUAGUGGGACUGAAAUGGUUGAACCUGAGAGAAUAUGGGGUGACAACGAGUGCGACAAGUCUGAUAUUGUGAUCAACCAGGGCCCCACGACGCCGCUACCGAGUGGUAUUCCGACCUACACGGUGGAGAUUAUGAACAUGUGUGACAGUGGAUGUGACAUCUCCGCCAUUCACCUCAACUGUGGCUGGUUCAGCUCUGCACGACUCAUCAACCACAAGGUGUUCAAGCGCCUCCACUACAAUGACUGCCUUGUCAAUGAUGGCAGACCCUUGAUCAAUGGGGGCAUCAUUUCUUUUCAGUAUGCUAAUACCUUCCCAUACCCUCUAUCUGUUUCCUCUGUUGCCUGUGUGCCUUUGAAAUAA